AUGACUGACGCUUCUACCAACUCAUCUACUGCUCCUACUGGCACUCCGUCAACUGCUCCUACUGGUUCUGCAGAUGUGCAGCUUCAUGUUGCUCCUGAUGGUGGGCAACCUCACAUUCCUCAUACCCAUACUUCUCCUGCUAUUAUUCAGCUGUUAAAGAACCUCUCCCUCUCCAACAUCCUCCAGCGUAACAAAAGAAUUGAAGCUGAGAAUGAUGUCAGGGCCACCAACACAUUGAACAAUGCUCUAGACCCAGCUGCCCAUCAUCAACUGGGAUCAGAAGUUGCCUCCUUGAUCACAAUCAAUCCUGGGGAUCUGGCCUGUUUAAGGGUUCCUUCUUUCUUUGUUUCUGUCCACGAUUUUGUUUACACCAGCCUUGCAAGGCUCCUUGCUGAUGAAGAUUUGAAAGAGGAGGAAGAGAAAAAAAGGAAGGACAACAACACUCUUGCAGAGGAUGCCAGGGUCUCUAAAAGACGUUGCAUGGAUGGCUCUAACCAUGUUGAGAGAGUGGUUGGAGAACCUAUUCCUAUUGAAUUCCCACAAUCUUUUUCCCCUCCCUUUAUUUCUCACCUGGAAUCUACGGUCCCUGGUUGA